AUGGCAGCUGUAGCAACAAUGAUCGCGGCAAGGCCUCCCGAGCGAAGGAUGUCCCUUGAGCGAAAGAUGUCCAUUCGCUCAGAUCGUCUGCCGAGAGAAGAUAUCAAGCGAUCCUCGGAUAAACACGACCAUGUGCGAAUUCUCCAAGAUGGACUAAAUACUGGCGCUCGUAUUCUAGGGCUGUUAAAUCACAUCCAGCACCCGGAUAUGCAUUCAGACAGGGAGGCCGAUCGGUCUUCCAGUGCAGAGCGGCCAUUAAAGGAUGAGCAUUUUCCGCUGCACUUGAACCUCGUCAUUCAGGUCAUCGGUUCUCGAGGCGAUAUUCAACCAUUUGUUGCGCUGGGGAGAGAAUUGAAAGCACAGGGUCACCGAGUCAGAUUGGCGACGCAUUUGGCUUUUCGACAGUUCGUUCUUGAUAGUGAUCUGGAGUUUUUCAAUAUUGGCGGAGACCCCGCGGAGCUGAUGGCUUUCAUGGUUAAAAAUCCAGGCCUUUUACCGGGCUUCAAGGCAAUACGCAGCGGAGAUAUUCAGAGGCGUCGACGUGAAAUGAGAGAAAUUUUCAAUGGAUGUUGGAGGUCUUGCUUUGAAAAGGGAGAUGGCACUGGUCUUCAUCAGAUCAAGAACGAUCCAUGGAGUAAAACUGCGGAUUAUCGAGAACGGCCCUUUGUGGCGGAUGCUAUUAUUGCCAACCCUCCGAGUCUAGCGCAUAUUCAUUGCGCUCAACGACUAGGCAUUCCUCUCCAUAUUAUCUUUACGAUGCCUUGGUCACCAACCCAGUCCUUUCCCCAUCCAUUGGCAAAUGUCCACAACCGGGGCUGCAAACCAACUGUCGCAAACUUUGUGUCCUAUAACAUUGUGAAUAUAAUGGUAUGGGAAGGAUUAGGCGAUCUUCUAAACACGCUUCGCAAAAACACCUUAUCACUCCAACCCUUGGAUACAAUGACUGCCCCGAGCAUUCUACAUCGACUACAUGUGCCACAUUCGUAUCUAUGGUCUCCUUCGUUACUACCUAAGCCCCCAGAUUGGGCUGAUAACAUUGAUAUAUGCGGCUUUGGCUUCCUCCUGUCAGACAGCAACUACACUCCACCAGAAGAGAUAGCCGAAUUCCUCAAAGCAGGACCCAAACCAAUCUAUAUCGGAUUUGGCUCGAUCGUAGUCGACAACCCAGCCAAGCUGACAAAGAUUAUAUUCGAAGCCGUCGAAAAGUCCGGACAGCGGGCUCUUGUCUCCAAAGGCUGGGGGAAUUUAGGCGCAGACGAAGUGCCGGACAACAUCCUGAUGAUUGGAAAUUGUCCUCACGAUUGGCUAUUCCGGCAGGUUUCCUGUGUGAUCCACCAUGGCGGUGCUGGCACCACAGCAGCAGGCCUCGCGCUAGGUCGACCGACCAUUAUCGUCCCUUUCUUUGGAGACCAGCAAUUUUGGGGAAGUAUCGUUGCGCGCGCAGGAGCUGGGCCAACACCAAUCCCACAUAAACAAUUAACCGUGCAGAAACUCUCAGACGCAAUAAAUAAAGCGCUAGAGAGCAGUACUCAAGAAAGAGCACAGGCGAUUGCGCUGAAAAUGCAGGAAGAGUCUGGCGUGCGCCAUGGAGUGGAUAGCUUUUAUCGACAUCUUGAUCCUGAGUCGUUCAGAUGCUCGAUUCUCCCGACUCAACCGGCUGCUUGGCAUCUCAAACAUUCGGACAUUAACUUGAGUGCCUUUGCAGCAACGGUUCUGGUGAAAUCAGGGAAGCUCAGCCCAGACAUGCUCGUGCUUCACCGUCCAAUGGAAUACGAUACAUUAUUGGACCCUACCGACCCGAUUACUGCCAGUGCUCAGGUACUCUUUGGAGCCAUAACCAGCUUCGUGGCUGGGCUUGCAGAUGCGCCAAGAGCGAUUGUACAGGAUGUCAUAUCUGCUGCUCGCUCGAUCCGCCAACCGCAUCAACAUUUCGAUCGUCGCGCUGCAUGCCAGUCAGCAAUUGCUUCACUGCAACCAGAACUGGAACCGGAACCGGAACCGGAUUCUCAAGAGAACAGUAUCGAAAGCGAGGAGACGCAAAUUGAAAGUGAGAGCCAGCAAUUGCAGAUUGGGACAGAGAAUCAGAACCAGAUCGAGAAUAAUGCACUGGAGGAUCGAGAAACAAGAGAAGGAGAUAGUACACAGGAUGAUAUCUCUAACCAGGGCAACGAGGAUGCCAUGAACGAGAUAUCUCGAACUCGGAGCCUGGAGCGCAAAAGGAACCUCCAGCUUGAAAAAGCCAAGACGAUGAGCAGCUCGAUGACACCCUCGAAACCACCUAAAUACACCAUCUUGCAUGAAGUUGCUGUGCACGGAAGUGUCACGUCGAAGAAGCUCGUGAAGGUCAUUUUAUGGCUGCCGACUGAUUUGUCAGUGAGCAUGGCGAGAGGCUUCCAUAACGCACCUAAACUGUAUCAUGACUCGACCGUCACCGACGUCCCUCAAGUGGUCAGUCUUCGAAGCGGGUUCAAGGCGGCAGGAAAGGUAGGAACAAUCAUGCAAUGCCAGCGCUGCGCUAGUCUGCAGCUAGAUAUUCUGAUAUUGACAUAUACACAGGAGCUCCGAGACGGAUUCUACUUCGGUAUCACAGGCAUAGGAACACAUCCGCAUCGUGGUCUUAAGCGUGAAGGUACCAAGGGGUUCUUUAAGGGUAUCGGGAAAGCAGUGGGAGGAGUUUUUCUCAAGCCGACAGCAGGGCUCUGGGGUCUAGCCGGGUAUCCUUUGAGUGGGGUGCUCAGGGAGAUCAACGACUCACUGGGUAGACAUCAGAAAUGCAUGAUUGUCAUGGGGCGAAUUGCACAGGGACUUGAAGAGGUACGGGAGUCCACGCCUCAGGAAAGGGCAGAGAUAUCCAGGGAGUGGACUGCUAUUGAACACGGCUUGCAUAAGUCGAAUAAGCGACAUGUUCGCUCGCAUGUAACCGUGUGA